UGCCUGAUUACGUAGCUAAAGCCACCAACCUGCUGAGCGCAACCGGAGAGUUGCCUUCCAAGGUCGCAGCAGGCAAGCCACCACGACCCGGGAAGACCUUUGGGUUUGUCAACAACACAGCCAACUACUACCCGGACCACGAGUACAAAGUGGCCACCCGGCUGGAGGUGUACGGACAUGAACAGCCUUAG